CAGGGCUCAGCCAAGGCCUUUGCGGUCUCUGGUUACACAGCAUCUGUCCCGGCUGUGGGCCUGGGCGAUUUUGCCCUUCCGUCGACCCUGGCGACUCGCCCUCUCAUCUUCCGCUCUGUCCAGCCCAAGACGACCAUGACCGAACCCAUCGAUUGUGCUCUUGACUUGAUGCGUCGCCUGCCUCCGCAGCAUGUGGAGCAGAGCCUGACGGAUCUCAUCAACCUCGUCCCCGAUCUGACGGAUGAGCUCCUCUCGGCCAUCGACCAGCCCCUGAAGGUUCAGCGCUGUCGCCAGACCGGGCGAGAUUACCUUCUCUGCGACUACAACCGCGACGGAGAGUCCUAUCGUUCUCCGUGGUCGAACGACUAUGACCCUCAGCUCCACGAUGGCACCCAGCCUUCGCUCAAGCUGAGGAAGCUGGAGGUCUCUGCCAAUGACGCCUUCGAUACGUACCGAGAAAUGUACUACGAGGGCGGUGUCUCGUCCGUUUAUAUGUGGGACCUGGACGAAGCUUUCGCGGCUGUUGUUCUUAUCAAGAAGACCAACGACCAGGGCGGCUCGUGGGACUCGAUCCAUGUUUUUGAGGUUCAGGAGAAGCGCCGCGAGGCUCACUACAAGCUCACCUCGACCGUCAUGCUCUCGUUGACCACGGGCUCGCAGAAGAUGGGUGAUCUCUCGCUGGCCGGCAGCCUGACCCGGCAGCACGAAGUGGAUUGCCCCUUGGACGACUACUCGGCCCACGUCGGCAACCUUGGCCGCAUUGUCGAGGAUGUCGAGAUCAAGAUGCGCAACGCUCUCCAGGAGAUCUACUUUGGAAAGACACGCGAGGUUGUCAACGACCUGCGAUCGGCCACCAACCUUGAAGUGGUGCAGCAGCAAAUGUCGGUCACUAACGAACUGUUUGCCAUGCUCAACAAGCGAAACGCUGGCAACAACUGAGGCGGUGGGCUACACUUUUCACUUGGGCGAACGGGACAUUGCCCGAUUUCCGCUUUGCUUGUGUGGGCUUUGAACGCCUGCGUCCAGUUGCAAUAAACCAGCAAUCUCCUUGGCA